AUGAAGAGCAAGGCCUUCCUCAAGAAUGCCUUGGAUGCGGGCAAGCCGGGUAUCGGCAUGUGGUUGACAAUGCGAGGCUCUUUCUUGGCCCACACGUUGGCUACAGUCCCAGGAUUCAACUGGUUGUUGGUCGACGCCGAACACGGUCAGAUCACCGACUCAGACAUCUACGACCUCUGUAACACAAUCACUAACCGAGGCAUCAGCCCGAUCGUCAGGAUCCCGUCGGAUGAGAGCUGGAUGAUCAAGCGUGCUCUCGACUCGGGAGCGUCCGGUAUCAUGACCCCCAUGUGCCAUACUGCUGACGCCGCUCGAGCCAUCGUGGCUUCCAGCAAGUUCGCCCCUCAAGGCACCCGAGGCUGUGGCUCCCCCUUCACGCAUACAGUGUUCUCCAUCCCGGCCCGAACUUAUGAGCUGGAAUGCAACAACAACCUACUCGUCAUCGUUCAGAUUGAAUCCCGCUCUGGUGUAGAAAACGUCCAGGACAUCGCUGCCGUCGAUGGGGUGGACGUGCUCUUUGUCGGUCCGUUCGAUCUGGCCAAGAGCAUGGACAUCGAGUUUGGAGGGAAAGAGCACGAGGAUGCGAUCGCCAAGACUCUGAAGGCUUGCAAGGAUAACAAGAAGUAUGCUGCCAUCUUCUGCUCAUCUGGCGAGAUCGCCAAGAAGCGUCUGGAUCAAGGUUUCGACAUGGUCUCGAUCUGCACCGAUACCGGAUCGCUCGUCAAGGAAUGCACCGCGCAGGUGCAGAUCACUCUUGGUCAGUAA